CCAAUUUUGACAAUUGAACGUCCUGUCAGUGCUUAUGUAAUUUGUUGACAUCGCGCGCGCUCGCGCUUUUCGGCCCCCCACUUCCGAAGCAGCUGAGCAAGGAUAACGGCGAUGCACGUAAUGAGGUCGCACGGAACGCUCCAUUCAUGAUCGGAGAGAAAAGGAUUCCGCCUUCACGCAGCUCCUCCAGUCUACACGCGCCAAGAAGCUCCUCGCGCUGGACCGGCGGCUCUCCUUCCGCGCGAGAGAGAGAAAGAAAGGGAGAGUACCAAGUGUCGCGUCCGUCCGUUUUAAUGCCGAGUAGGCCUGGCGUAUAGGCGUGCUGAAGCGGGACCGUAUCCGUUCUCCCCGUGGCCCAAAGGGCCGUACGUGUAAAAGAGAAGAUCAAUCCGCACCCGCCUACCUUUCCGGCCGGGCCGACGGAGCAGAGCAAAAGGAGCGCUAUUGGCAGAGGGAUGAACACAAAAAGCGCGGAGCAGAAUUCUGCAGUAGUGCUUUUCUUCCCGUCGUUAACGGUGCACGAUCCGUCGGUGCGCGGUCCACAAUCGCGGCGACAUUUGAUACCCCCCCAUCCCCCAGGUUCGGGUCUCGGGAAUGUGGUGGAUUUGGGGAGCGCGCGCGUGUGUGUGUGCGUAGGCACAACUAACAGGGCCGUCCCGCAGAAGUAAGCCAGCAAUCCAUUAAUCUUGUUCCGGCCGUGCCCCUUCCGCGUGUUGCUUCUGGCUCCGCUCACCAUCAUCAUCAUCCGGUCAGUACGGCCAAACGAGGGUGCAGUGUGUGUGCCGUAUUGUCCCUCAAAGCAGAAAUCACCAGGAAAGGCAAAGGAUAUUGUGUUUUUGGUGUGUAAUCUUGAAUCUCCACGUUGCCCCGGACCAGCGGCACAGCAGCAAACAGGCAGCUUGAAUGCAGUCAAACUCCUACGUAAGGAAUCGCACUACCACUGAAGAACGAUGGCUUCGCAGAAUGGGCGCGAAUCCAAGGAUGGUCCGCCGACCCAGGGACCGGUCGGGCAACCGCAGCAGCAGGAGCAUUCGUGUGAAAUUUGCGGCGCCUCCGGCCUGUCGGACGAGGCGAUGCGCGACCACACGCGACAGUACCACGUGGAGGGCAGCGCGCAGUGCCCGUUUUGUGGGCUCUCCGGUGUGCCGGCGGCCGAGCUGCUGCUCCAUGUGAACCAGGCCCACCUGGACUACCUAACGCCCGAGAACGAGCUGAUGUCGUUCAUCGACGAUCAAACGCCGAGCUUUUGCAGUGUCGACGGGGAUUCGGACUCCAUCUCCGACUGUCGCGGGCUGUCGCCGUCGAUCACGUCCGAGCUGCUCACGCCGAUGUCAGCGUCCGGUGGGAUGAAGGCGGCGGGUUUCAACGGUGGUGGUGGUGGUGCUAGUAGCACCGCUGUCAACCAAACGAGCAGCAGCAUUAGUACGAGCAGCAACGGUCUGAUGAUGAUCAGCGCUAGCGAAAGUUUGACGACCGUUUCGUCCAGUACGGGAAGCCACAGCAGCAAUCAUGCUCAGGGCGCCGCUUCGCUGCAAGCGCCGGGAUCGUCACAGCUGCACCACAACGGUGCAGCAAUGGCGGGCAAGAUGAUGGGGAGUAGCACGUCGACGGCGGCCGGCAGUAGCAGCAUGAGCAGCAGUCGCUCCAGCUUGGGCAGUAGUAGCACGAAUCUGAGCAACGGUUUGCCAAACGGUGGACACUGCUCGAAUGGGAAAAGCAUCCACAGUCAGCAUGGGCACGCAACGAACGGCGGCGCAGCGGGAAGCAAUGGGAGCGGUGAGGUGCACGCGAAUGGUACCAGUACCAGCAAGGACGGCACAGUGAUGAAUGGCGGUGGAGCUGGCUGUACCACGCCGGCCGGUGCCGGAGCCGGUGGCCAAGGUUCCCCCUUGCGAUCGCAGCUAGGGCUGAAGCUAAAGUCGCACAAACCGAACGCCUUCAGCAUCGGAACGGCCGGCCCGGAAAUGGCAAACGGUGGUGCGAAUGGGGCAACCGGCUCAUCGGCCGGCCCGGCCACGAUGACGAUCACAACGAAGCAGGCGAGCCCGCUGCAGUGCUUGCUGUGCCCGUACACCUCCGACAACCCGACCGUGCUGGAGGAACACAUCAACCGGUCGCACUUUGACCCGCUCAGUCCGGGCGUGAAUGGUGCGGGCGGCGGCGGCGGUGGUGCGGGAGGAGCCGCCGGUGGCAGUGGCCAGCACGCUGAUACGCUCAGCGUGCUGCAGUGCCCGAUAUGCAAUCGCACGUUCGAGUCCGGGUCGGAUCUGGAGCUGCACGUGAACAUCGAGCAUCGGGACAUACUCAGCCCGGCGAAGGCGGACGGUGGGCGGGCAACGAACGGUACCCCGUCAGGGGCGGCGGCCGCGGCCUCUGCACACAACGGUGGCGGCUGGGGUGGCGGCACCAGCGGCAGCCUCUGUCCGGUGUGCGGCAUUUCGUUCGAUCACAUGAAAACGCAGGAGAUGGAGUAUCACAUCGAGAAGCACUUCUCGAAAAGCCCCCAAAACCCCUACCAAGGAGGUACUGCGGUUGGUGGCGGUGUUGGUGGCGGUGGUGGUGUUGGUGGUGGUGGCAAGAACCCUUCCGCCGUGGCAGUGGAUCUGGAAAAGCAGGCGCAAAAGCUGCGCGAGCAGCGCGAGUUCGAGAUGCUGCGCGCGCAGUACGGUAUGGACGAUCAGGGUAACUUCCGGGAGCAGUCGGCGGCCGCGAUGCAGCGGGCGGUGUACGCGGGCGAGAUGAGUGUGGCCGACUACUACGAGCGGCAGGUUGGGUUGCGGGCGGCCGAAUCGCACGGCGUUGACGAUGGGUCGUCCUGCACCAAGUCCGUGUCGCCGAGGGUCCUGUCGCUAUCGUCGUCCUCGCCGAACGUGAUCAAAACGUACGUUUGCUCGAGCGUAGAUCAUUACGCGUCGAGCUAUGGCGAUAAGGGAUGGGGCUGUGGGUACCGGAAUUUGCAGAUGAUGCUUUCCUCCCUACUGCAGAACACAUCGUACAACGAAGCGCUUUACUCAGCCUGGGGCUCGCAUGGACCCGCCCGGACGGCCAUGCCCAGCAUCUCCCGGCUGCAGCGCAUGGUCGAGGCGGCCUGGGCCCAGGGCUUCGACAUUCAGGGCUCGGAACAGCUCGGCUGCAAGCUGUACAACACGCGCAAGUGGAUCGGUGCGACCGAAAUCGUGACCGUCCUGUCGUGGUUGCGCAUCCGCUGCGAGCUGGUCGACUUUCACCGGCCCACCUCGGUGGACGGGCGGCACCCGGAGCUGUUCAACUGGGUGCUGCGCUACUUCGAGGAGCCGCGCAUCCACACCCCUCCACUGUACCUGCAGCAUCAAGGGCACUCGCGUACGAUCAUUGGAAUCGAGCAGCGAACGUCCGGGUUAUCCCUGCUCGUGCUCGAUCCGAGUCACGGUCCGCGGCAGGUGGCAGCGCUCGGUUCGUCGCAGGACUCGUUGCGCUUGAUACGUAAAAAUUCGGCCGCCAUGCGUGCACCGCAGUACCAGGUCGUGGCGGUGAAGGGACUGAUCGAUACCGAGGAUCAAUACCAGGCAAGCAAGGUGUUAAAAUCCUUACGCAUACCCCCUGACCGUUGACGAGCUACGCUGUGCUUCCUGGAGCCGGUUCGUCUUACAGUAGCAGCAGCAACAACAACAGCAACACAACGUUUUAACUUCAACCCAAUAGUGCUACAAUAAUACGUCUCCCUCUCUCUACCUUCAAAAGGGAAUUACGCACGCACCAGCAACAAAAAAGUGAUCUAUUAAUCGUGUUUUGUUUUAUUUUGAUCGUGCCCUAGGCUUGUUUUAUGUUUACUUUUCAAUAUACACGCAUGCGCCGCCGCUACUGUUGCCACUGGUCACCGCAAAGUGAAAUGCACAGCGCAGCGCUAAAGCAAAAUUCGUAUAUCAUACUUUGUGUGCAGGAUGGUGUACCACUAGAGCAACAUACACGUGUGCAACUGAAAAAGGAAGAAAAAAACUUUCCUCGCAUAAUAUGGUGUACAGUGAAAAAAUAGGGAAUUUCGGUUAGAAUGUUUACCCUUGCGCCCUUCUAAAAGAAAGAGUUCAAUCCUAGUUUUAUUAAUUCUGUUCUUACCUCGUUUUAUUCGUUCCCUAAAAACUGUUUUAAAACCUUCAAUUUGUUUGCCAUUUUUUGUUUCAUUAGAAUAAAGGGUUGGUGUUAGGAUAAAGCAACAACAACGAUGUCUAA